AGUCACCUUUCAACACUAACGAGGGUCCGAUUAGCUCUGGUGGCAAAGCUGAACCGCACACGUUUCGUUUUUCUCUGGCUGUUCACAGGAAGCUUCAGCAGACCUGAACGUCUCGAAUGGAAAUUUAUGUGAAGUUUUUGCACGUAAUUAACUGUGGCCCAACUCGUUGGUCGAUUGGUGUAUUGAUUGAUCAUGUGUUGCAGCUGUCAGCAUGGCUCGCAGCCUGUCGUCUCUGGGGUGUCUCCUCAGCGUCGUGUCCACUCUCCUUCUCGUCUGUUGUGUUGGACUGAUCGUAGUUUCAUGGAUCAGCCUGAAGCCUGAAGGUGCUGUUGAGCCGACGGUGAUGAUUGGUCGCAUGGCGAUCACAGAGGGAGCCGUUUUCACCGAAGAGUUGAACAACCGCAGCAGCAUGCAGUUUAAAUCUCUGGCCUUCGACGUCCAAAACCUGGUAUCUGAAGCAUUCAGUCACGGUGAACUCAGGCUUCUCUUCGAGUCCUGUCAGGUUUUACACUUCAGUCAGGGCAGUGUGGUGGUGACCUUUGACCUCUGGUUCAGUCAGCUGAGCAGCGUGAAGGAGGUGGAGCAACAGCUGGUGGAGGGUCUUCAGGAGGUCGGGGAUACAGGACUGGUGGUGGACGUGAAGAGCAUCCAGAUCACAGAGAAACCGGACGAGACGACAGCUGCACCGACAACCAUCACACCUACAACAGACAAGCCAGACGAGACGACAGCUGCAGUGACCGUCACACCUACAACAGUCUCAUGUCCUCCUUAUCAGAGGCCUUGUGCUGAUGGAUUGAUGUGCGUCCCGAUCAGUCGCUUCUGUGACGGAGUCGAUGACUGUCCCGAUGCCUCCGAUGAAGACGCUGUUCGCUGUGCGACAACAUGUGACGGGCAGUUUGUGCUGAGAGGACCGAGCGGUUCAUUCAGUUCAUCAGUAGAUCAGUACGACAGCAGCAGCUUCUGUCGCUGGAUCAUCAGGGUUGAUCGAGGGCUUUCUGUUCAGGUUGAUUUCCAGAAGUUUGAAACAGAAGAAAUGAGUGACACUGUGAGACUUUAUGAAGGAGUCGGGACAGACAAAGUGCUGAUAGCUGAACUCUCAGGCUCCAAUCCUCCUGGGACCGUGUGGCUGCUGACCGACCAAUCAACUGUGGAGUUUAUUUCCGAUGACAUCAACAAUCUGUCAGGGUUCAGCGCCACCUACAAGGCAGCCAACACCUCCAACCUGUCAGACGAGCAGAAGCUGACGUGUACCUUUGAGCAAGGCAUGUGUUUCUGGAGGCAGCAGCAGGACGAUGACAGUGGGGACUGGGUCCGAAUUAGCGGUCCCACAUUUCCUCCAUUCAGUGGGCCGAGUGUGGACCACACGCUGGGCAACAGCUCAGGUUUCUACAUUGUCACGCCUCCGAGUCCUGGCCAAUGGCCGAGGAGCUUCAAGAUCCACAGCCUCCUUCUGACUCCGCUCACAGAGCCCGUGUGUCUGAGCUUUUGGUACCACAUGUUCGGAGAGGAUGUCUACCGUCUCACAGUCCUCCUGCUCCAACCGUUUCCGUCUCUGGUGUUCCAGAGAGACGGUAACUAUGGAGACAACUGGAACUACGGGCAGGUGACGCUCAACCUGACAACUGAGGCCACGGUGGUGUUCGAAGCUCUGAAGAAAGGAGGGAUGAGGAACGACAUCGCCCUGGAUGACAUCACACUCACCUCUGGUUCCUGUGGCCCCGCCCCCCCUGAACCAACCAAUGUGCCCCCUCCAACAACCAUGGCCCCGAUGCCAGCUGACUGCGGCGGACCUUUUGACCUCUGGGAGCCAAAUUCAACCUUCAGCUCCCCAAAUUACCCACAAUCCUAUGGGAACAAUGCUUUGUGCCUGUGGACUCUCCACACCACAGAGGGAAGGAACAUCCAGCUUCACUUCCUGGACUUUGAUGUUGAAGCAACCUAUGAUGUCGUAGAAGUGCGGGAUGGGGCGGGACCAAACUCCCUCUUACUGGCUGUCCUCACUGGCAGCGAUGGUCCCGCCCACGAUUUGUUCUCAACAACCAAUCAGAUUACAGUCUGGUUCUUUACGGACGUCUCGGGUCACAGCCGAGGAUUCAAAGCCAAUUUCACCUCUGGGGUCAACCUGGGGUCACCAGCUCCAUGUGCAGCCGGUCAAUUCCAGUGUCAGACAGGAAGUUGUAUCCAUAGUAACGGUCAGUGUGAUGGCGUGGUUGACUGUCCUGACGCCUCUGAUGAAGCUGAAUGUGUUAUGAUGAAUGUGAAUGAUUCCAGUCGUCUCCAGUUCCAGAUCGAUUCCUCUCUGUUCACUGUGUGUGCUGACACCUGGAACUCUCACCUGUCUGUCUUCACCUGUCAGUACCUGGGAUACAGGUUUGGGGAGGCCACAUUGUUGCCUGCUCUGCCACAGGAUUCACCAUUUACAACCAUCAUAGUCACCAGCAACGGAACACUGGAAACCAGCAUCAGUGAAACCUGCAGCAGUGAGAAAGUGAUUUCACUGAACUGCGACAACCAACCUUGUGGGGUUCAAAAGGUCACUAAUGACACAAGGGAGCCGGACCAAUCAGCAGAGAGGAUACCCGAUCAAGGUGUGGUUAGAGUGGUGGGCGGGGUUAAUGCUGCAAAGGGGGCGUGGCCAUGGAUCGUGUCUCUGCACUGGAGGGGACGUCAUGCGUGUGGAGCUUUAGUGAUUGGCAGAGAUUGGCUGCUGACUGCUGCCCACUGUGUCCACGGGAAAAACAUCCACUUCCACUUCUGGUCAGCUGUUUUGGGUCUUCACUCUCAAAAUGACAUAAACUCUGCAGAUGUUCAGACCAGACAAAUUGAUCGCAUCGUCAUCAACAGACAGUACAACAGACAAACUAAACAGGCUGACAUUGCCAUGAUGCAUCUGCAACAGCCAAUCAACUUCACUGAGUACAUCCAGCCAGUGUGUUUACCUCCUGAAGGUCAGGACUACACAGUAGGAACAAAAUGUUUCAUAGCUGGAUGGGGGCGCGACACUGAGGGGUCUCUCCCAGCUGUUCUCCAGGAGGCCCAGGUUCCUCUGGUGGCUCAGGAUCAGUGUCAGGUUUGGUUACCCGAGUACAACAUCACGUCCAGCAUGCUGUGUGCUGGAUACCCCGAGGGAGGCGUGGACACCUGUAAGGGCGACUCUGGAGGUCCACUGAUGUGUCUGGACAACGGACACUGGACUGUCAUUGGCUUGUCAUCGUUCGGGAUUGGCUGUGGGCUUCCUAAGAGACCUGGAGUCUAUGCCCGAGUCUCCGCCUUCACAUCCUGGAUUGCCCAGACCAGACGCUCCUCCUCCUCCUCCUUCUCCUGAGUUUUUAAUUGUUAACAUAUUAACUAAAUAAACAAAUUAAUUUGAAGUUAAACGGCUUCCUCACAUUGUUGUUGAGGCCUGAUUUUUAAUUUUUCACCCUUAAAACUUUCAAUAAACAAUAACCUCAUACUUGUUCUUAUUUUAAUAAAAUACUUAAUGGAAAGGUUUUAUGCAGGUGUUCACUUUUGUAUUUUUUUCCUUCUUCCCAUUCCUCCUCUUCCUCUAUAACAGCGACAGUUCCCAAAUUCAACAGAAAGAAAGUAUUUGGUUUGAAAGUACAAUUUGGAAAAAGGGAUGGAUUUACAAAAUUUUAUUUGUUUUAUAUGACAUUUUUAUUUACUAAAAUUAAUAUAUUUUUGAGAUUUUGUUUUAAUUUUUUUUUUUUUAUGAGUUUUUACAAACAGACGACUGUAAGAUCAGAUUUCCUCCAGCAGGGGUGUAAAUGAGCUCACUACAAAGAAGAAUAAGGAGCUAGUUAGUGUCCCCUCAGGUCAAUCCAUUUGAGUUCCACCACAUACUGGUGUGAAAGGCAAUGAACUGACAGAUAAGCAUGCAAAACGAACAACAAGAACAAGAGAAAGGGUGAGAUUCACACACACACUGGACUAAAUAGCACAUUAUACACUAAGAAGAUGCAUGAUACAGGCGAACACUGUGGAGUACAACAGCAGAGACAAACACUCAAAACAGCAGUCUGAAGGACCCAGAUGACUUAAAUUUAGGAAACUUGUUGAAAAGGAAUUCAGGUGAUGUGGGAUACUGGGCAAGUUUCAGGUCCUUACAGAGCACAGGGUUCUGUAGCGUCAAUUCCCUUUCAAACUCCAGAAGGUGGCGGUAAUACACUUAAAAGUUGUUUGCUAAGAAGAAGAAGAAAAACUGUCCCGGAAGUGAUAUCAGAGUGGAUCCUCGGCAGGCUAACCGGGGUUAGCAGUUUUGUGUUGCAGAGCUUUAACAUGAGCAGCCGAGGAGCUGAACAGAAAUGUGGCCCAACAGAUGGAAAACCCAGAGUGCUAAACGAGGAGGAGAACUUCUAUGACUGCCAGGAGACUCUGGAACAUCCAGAUCA